GUGGGCGUGUAUCUCCUGAACGUCAACAAAAGAGAAGAGAGAACCGAGAGACACAGCAGAAGAAAAGGAUUACCAAAUAGUAAGCUGCAUAUAUGUGGAUUUAACGCAGAAUUACAGUGACGACACUGUGCUGAAGAACAAUACAACAACAUGGACGCCUUCAAGUUGAUGAAGGAACUGAGGGCCAACUAUGAACAAGAAGGGUAUUAUAUACCGAAGGAAACGGGGUUGAAUUUGAUUGAAUCUACAGAACAGAACGGCGCGGGGAUCUCGGCUAAGUGCCGAGACGCCCAGGUGGAGGACCUGUGGGGCCUGAGCAGCUUCUUCGGCUACAGCACGCAGACCUUCGUCCUGGCCGUCAACCUGCUGGACCGCUUCCUGGCGCUGAUGCGGGUGCAGCCCAAACACCUCUCCUGCGUGGGCCUGAGCUGCCUACACCUGGCGGCCCAGCGCAGCGCACCCGACGCCACGCUGUCCUCCGGCCACGAGCUGAUCCGCAUCGGCCAGCGCCGCUUCACCGCCUCCGACCUCAGCCGCAUGGAGAAGAUCGUGGCGGAGAAGCUGCACUUCACCAGCAGCGCCGUCACCCCCCUCACCUUCCUGCACCUGUACCACCAGGUGGCCCUCGGCCAAUCGCCGUCCAGGAAGGAGGUGUUGAGUCUGGAGAAACUGGAAGCUCAGCUAAAGGCGUGUCUACGCUGCAUGUCGUUCUCUAAAGCGAAGCCUUCCGUGCUCGCCCUCGCUCUCCUCCGUCAUGAGAUCAAGGCCAUCCAAUCAGAGGACAUGUGGGAGAUGACCUGUCACGUGCAGAGACACCUCAAGAUUGCAGACGCAGAGCUCCAGUGCUGGGCCGAGCGCGUGGCCCGCUGCCUGUCGGACUACGCCUCGCCGCGCUGCAGCCGGCCCAACCACAAGAAGCUGCUGUGGGUGGUGUCGCGCCGCACCGCCCAGAACCUCCAGAGCAGCUCCUGCAGCGUCCCCGACCUGCCCACCAUCCCCGAGGGGGGCUGGGACCCCAGCCAGAGCGAGGACUCCAGCGAGGACCUGAGCUCCGGGGAGGAGAGCCUGAGCAGCUCAUUGGAGGGAGAGGGGGCCUACUUCCCCCUCCACCUGCGGCGACGACGCUAGCUCCCACUAGCCCCCACCAACCGGCCCCCCCGUCCAAGAGGGAAAAAGCCUUUGUUCCGUCUCUUCUCCCCCUCCCUAUCUUAAUUUAUUGUUGCGUGGUGUUGUGCGACCUUUCCUCGGGCUGCACUAGAGAGAGCGGGCCGGUGAACUUGUAGACACGUUAGCUCGGUGGCUAGGUUAGUAUCGAGCAGGAUACGACGGCCGCCUUUGCAUGCUCCCACUGGAUCUCAGGAUAACUUCUAGUGGGCCCGGCUGUCGGACUUUAGGUUUACCCCCUUGUAUGCAAAUUGAAAACAAUGGAUGAAUACACAUGCAAUGUUAAGGCUGAGCAACGAGUCGGCUAGCCAAUGGGUGACCAUGGUGGCUAACAUGGUUAGCCAAAGGUAGGGGUUGUGUUGGUUAGCUAAACGUAAAGUGGGCCGGUUAGCCAAACGCACAGCCGAAUAUUUAGCCAAACUCAUUGGGUGUUUUUGCCAAACGUUCAGUUAGCCAAACGACAAGUCAACGCCAUUGUAUUGACUGUUAUGAAAAAUGUUUUCUACUAGGCAAGGCAUUUUAAAACAGAUCAUUUGCACAAUUAUCUUGGAUUGCAAGGUUUUAUGAUGCCUGGUCGCUAGCCCGAGGGGAAAAGUAGCUCUGACGAAACCUCUGUGAGAACAUCUUCCUAGUUCAGCGUGUAGCGUUGACAAGGUGCCUUGCUCAUGAAAGAGAUGUCAAAGUCAACGUGAGGAUGUGGUCUGCCUGGGUCUGAGAAGGAUUGGUUGUGGUGCGCAUGGUCGGGUGAAUCUCAAUUGCCAACCUAGUAUGUAGUGUUAUUUAAGCCUGUUUGCAGGGAAUGUUGUAUGGUGACAAAUAUUGGACAGAAGUCUCAAUGUUAAAAAAAAAAUACAAAAUGUAAAAAAUGUCGAUACAAAAACAAUGUAAAACUGUAAAUAAUGUUAAAAAAAAAAGACUGUGAAUAGUUAUUUGUAGAUAUGUUAUUUAUUCCACUUUGUCAUCUAUAAGAAAAAAAAAAAUCUUAUAAAAACUUUUAUUUUUAAA